UUGGCUGGGACUAACAAUUUAAUUUGAUCUCAUAGGAUUUCGAAUACAUCUCCUCUACGUCGCGGGCAUUGGUUAAUUUGAUAUUUGAUCGGAGGAGUAAUCGUCGAUUCAAGACCAGAGGGACCUGAAAAUGGCAUCCACCGAGGGUCUGGUUCCCAUAACCAGGCAAUUCCUCGCUUCUUUUUACGACAAAUACCCUUUUGCGCCUCUCUCCGGUGACGUUUCUCGUCUUUCCUCUGAGAUUCGCUCCUUGGCCUCUGAUUUGCUCAAAGACUUUCCUUCCUCACAAGGCGAAAGGCUAUUAGUGGAAGAAGCGGACCGUCAGCCUGUUCAUAAAAUUGACGAGAAUAUGUGGAAGAAUCGAGAGCAUAUGGAAGAAAUUCUGUUUUUGCUUGAUCAUUCCCGCUGGCCAUCGGCACUUCGACAGCCAUCCACACCUGAAGAUAGUGAACUUGCUACUGAUUUUAGCAACAUGAGAGACAAGUUUCACAAGACUUUUAAGACACUGGAGUCUUUCCAAGUCAAAAAUUCUGAACGUGUGUUUAAUACAGUUAUGACCUACAUGCCUCAAGAUUUUCGGGGAACACUUAUCAGACAACAAAGGGAGCGUUCAGAAAAGAAUAAGCAAGCAGAGGUUGAUGAUUUGGUUAAUUCUGGUGGAAGCAUACGUGAUCGCUAUGCUUUGUUAUGGAAACAACAAAUGGAUAGGAGGAGACAGUUAGCACAGCUUGGUUCUGCAACAGGUGUAUACAAAACUCUUGUAAAGUACUUGGUAGGAGUUCCACAGGUUUUACUAGAUUUUAUUCGGACAAUAAAUGAUGAUGAUGGGCCUAUGGAAGAGCAAAGACAGCGUUAUGGACCAUCUUUAUACAGCCUUACAUCACUGGUUCUUUCUAUUCGACUUUUCGUUACACUAUCAUGGGGGAGGUUUGAGGCUAGUAAAUUAAACGGGCAUCAAGUUGCUAUCUUGAAACAAGCUGUUGAUGUCUACACCCAUGAGUUUGAAAGAUUUAUAAACUUCAUCAGUGAGGUAUUUGCAAAUUCUCCUUUCUUUAUUUCAGCAGAAGUUGCUGGUACACUAGAUGCAAGGACGAAUGAUGAAUUCAAAGAGAUAAUUGUUCCAGCUGGGAAAACCCAUGAGGUUUCAUUGUUAGUGGACUCAAUAAACUCAUACAUUGCUUGGGAUUUCUCUUUGAUGCAAGGCAAGAUGAACGUGGAUAUUGGAUUUAGUGUGGAACAUGUGGAUCCUCGUGGGCAAAAGACUCUGAUAUUACCUUACCGCCGAUAUGAAUCUGACCAAGGUAACUUUUGCACUUGCAUCGCUGGAAACUACAAACUGAUCUGGGAUAAUUCAUAUUCAGCUUUUUUCAAAAAGGUCAUCCGCUACAAGGUGGACUGUAUACCUCCAGUCGUGGAACCAGUGCAAUCUACAAAUGAAGUGGAAGGAUGAGAGGAUCCUUAAUGGCUUAGCAUCCUGUCAAAUGAUGCUUUAGCGAUUUCAAUCAAAUUCAUUUGUACUCUUUAUCAUUUUUUUUUUUCAAAUUGCAUCUGGUUAGAGAGACUUGUUCUUGUUUUGGCACAGAUGGUUGAACAGAAGCAUAGUAACUGUUGUAUAUUACCUGGAAGUUGGCAUAACCCAUUCUUCUUACUGUUGUAAAUUGUAACAUUUUGUAACAAGUUCUAGACUCAGAGAAACGGAUUUUUCUCCCUUGCUCCUAUAA